AUGACGCUGUCCUUCGUCCGGCUCUCCGAACCCCCCACGAAGGAGUCGAUGAAAUCAUCCCCUGAAAGUGACAGCUUCGAACGUAUUGGCUGGCGCGUUGAUGGCCUGGUCGGAUCCGCAACUAUCUCGCCCUCGGGCCGAGAUGUUGCCCUAGCAUCUCCCGAAGGCCUUGCCAUCAUUGACUUGGACACCCCUUUUAAUCCACCGCGAAGGCUGAGCAGCCACGGGCUUCCCUGGCUGGUGGUUGAUGUGCAAUGGUCCCCCUUUGCUGCGCGUGAUUACUGGGUGGCUUCCACGGCAAACCACCGCUGUCUGGUAUGGAACCUGAACAAGCGGGAUGACUCGGCCACCGGGGCAAUCGAGCAUUCACUCGAAGCCCACAGCCGAGCCAUUACGGACGUCAACUUCUCGGCCCACCACCCGGAUUCUCUUGCAACCUGUGCCGUGGAUGGUUAUGUGUACUGCUGGGACCUCCGGAGACCGAGGCAGCCCGUGUUGGCUUUCUGUGACUGGUUUGCCGGCGCGACCCAAGUUAAGUACAACCGCCAGGAUCCGUUCGUUCUCGCAUCGGCCCACGACCGCUGGUUACACAUUUGGGAUAUCAGGCGAUCGUCCGAUCCACUCAAAACCAUCGAUGCCCAUACUUCCAAGAUCUACGGCAUCGAUUGGAACCGUACCAAUCCCACAGCCCUUGUGACCUGCUCACUGGAUAAAAGCAUCAAAUUCUGGGAUUACGGAAAGGAUGAUGAAGCGCCGCAAAGAGUCAUCCGCACCGACUUUCCGGUCUGGCGAGCCCGGCACACCCCCUUUGGCCAUGGGUUGUUAGCCAUGCCCCAGACCGAGCCAGGGACCUUGUUUCUCUACGACCAACACCUUGGUCCCGAAGCCCCCGUAGAUGGCCCGGUUGACCCUGUGUUUGUCUUUCCAGGACAUGGCGCCCACAAGACGAAGGAGUUCCUCUGGAGAAGCCGAGGCGGCGUGACCGCUGAGGGUAUCGACAACCGCGAGUUUCAGCUGGUUUCGUGGGGCGAGGACAACCACUUGCGCCUGAACAAUGUUGACCACCAGGUUCUCAAAUCCGUCGGCCAUGCCCCCGGGACCAAGCUGAUGAAGAACCUGGUUCUCACCCGAAGGGGCGCCACGUACAAAACAUUCCGCACCGUCGACGAUUUUGUCCCCCGCGACCGGAGUCGUCCAACUAUGAGUGACCGCCCCGGCAGCGGUGGUCAAGGCCGUCAGAGUGCUUUGAGCAGCGGCUUGAGCUCGGGUCUUCGCCGUGUUGGGCCGUCUUGGCGUCCCACGUCGAUGAAAGCGAAGACGAACAAACUCAAACCGGUGGAUAAAACACAGCUCCAAAUCGGUUGGAUGAAAGGAAUCACCAUGUCUAAGAGAAAGUCUGGUUCCGACCCGUCCGGCCGUGGCGAAGGCGGGGACUCGAACUUGUUCAGCCCGGGCUAUGAUGGCGGUUGGGGCGAACCGGAAACCGUCCACGACGAGCUGAUCCGCAUCAGCAACCAGCUCCCCAACAUCAAGUGGGAAAAUAUUGAUAUUGACUCGCUUCUUCUCAAUGCGUCGCUCAAGGGGCCCUGGGGAGCCAAAAACGAGUCCAUCUUUAUCAAAGUUCGGGUCGACAUUCCCAAGAGCUAUCCAAAGAGUAAGGCUCCGAGGUUUGCCGUCGAGAAGUCUUCCUUCAUGCCAGACGAAACCCACCAAAAGCUCGAGCGUGAGCUCCAUGAGCUUGCCGACCGCUUGUUGCAACGGAAGCAGAACUCGCUCUACACGGCAUUUACAUAUCUUCUUGGCGAGACCGAUUUGGAAGCGAGCAUUGCCUACUUUGAUAACGUCCGAGAUUUAGAGGACGACGAGGCUUUGGCCGAUGAAAGCUCCAGCGAGGAAGACGAGAAUGACAUCCCCGGCGGUGGCUCGACAUCCAUGUCCCAGGAGCUCAGCGCUAGUACCGAGUUGGACCCUUCAGCAACACUACUCUCCACGCAGCGCCAGGCCGUUACCCCUCUGCCUAUGUUUUGCGGCGCCAAGUUUUCGAACGAUGGGCGGCUCGUGUGCUUCUUCCCGUCCAAGGAUGGAAAAUCCAAGGCCUUGUUCUCUGUGCCCCAUCCGGACCCCUACAAAGAACGGCCAAAGGGGGAGCCUACAUUCGCCGGGUUUGGCCGUUUAUCGCAUGACUCGCCACCGCCUAAGCGGCGGUUCCAUGACGAGACAUCCGCAACGGAUGACCAAUCCGGCGAGUCGGACGACACGGACUCUACUACUUCCACGGACUCGGAGCCGACAACAGUCCAUAAACUCAACCUGUGGUACCAGCCGGGACGCCGUUUCCGAAAGACGUGGAGCACUAAUGAAUCCAUCCGCUCGAGCGGCGGCGGAACCGGCGCUGGAACGGGCACUGGCACGGGGACCAGUCGAAAGAGGCCCGGCAAACCGAAAAAUGUAAUCUCCAUCCACAACUUGCAGAACGAGCUUCCGUCAAAGAAGCAGCUUGCUCAAGAGUACGCCAUCUUUGGAGACGGCGCAGAUGUUUGCAAUCACAAUGCCGAAGUGGCCGCCAAGUACGGAUACCAGGACCUCGUCCACGUGUGGAAAUAUGCUGCGCUGCUUCUUCGGCGGGAUAUCCCCCUCGAGCUCCAUGACCUGCACGAGAGUGGGCAGUCCGUGCUUGUCAUCGCAAGGGAUGCCAUUGCCCGGGCGGAGGAGGAACACUUGGAGAACUCUACCGUCUUGGGGUCCCACCUGUCCGGACGUGUCAAAUGGGGUCACCACCCGCUGGCGGGGGAGCUCAUCCGCGAGCUCUUUGACUACUUUGAGAAGAUUGCCGACGUCCAGAUGUUGGCCAUGUUGGCGUGCAUCUUUGGGGAUUACUCGAUCGAGGAUGAAAUGGCCAUCGCAGCCUCACACCUCCCUCAACCCAAGACGCCGCUCCCGAUGAAGGCACCUUCGUUCUCACUCGAGUAUUUCCCCACCGACCCCACGCUUUGGGGUUUGGGCGGCUACAAGAGCCAGCCCAGUUCUGCCAUAACAACCCCCCGAACGGCCAACACGCCAGCGAUGUACUCAGACCCACCAAGCUCCGAAGACAUCUCGGGCUCCCUCGAACCCAAGUCGUACUCAUGCGGCGAAACGCCCCCUAACCCCGCCCGUGAGCAUCUGCGGGAAGUCGGGCACACGCAGAGCCUGUCGACGUCUCCGAACAACAAGUUCUUCCACCGUUCCAAUUCCACGGUUGCAGCGGCGAUUGCCGCUAGCCUGCCGAGAGCACUUGCUGGUAUCGUCUCCGGAUCACCCCCUGAUACGAUCCGAAAACGGCUGAGCCCAGCCGAGACUAUGCUCAACAACCUUACUCCGAAUGCAAUCGGCUGGCCUGGCUCAACCCCUGGUCCGGACACCCCCGGGACGUCGCGGACAUCGUUCUCCGACGACGAGUAUUACAAAGAUGACGGGUUAUCCCUGGUUCCUAUCGCUGUGUCCUGUGUCGCAGAGAACCAAGGUCUCUUCGACGAUGAUGGGUGGAUGUCAACCCCCCUGAUCGAUCGCGACCGCUUCCAUAUCUACUCCAACUACCGCUACGCCUACGCCGAGAUGCUCCAGAUGUGGGGGCAGCCCCUCUCACGCCUCGAGAUCAUGAAGUUCGACGUCCUCAAGGAAGACAAGCGUCCCCCGAGCCCACCACCCAGCGUGCCGCCCGGCAGCUCCUACACAGAAGACACCGCACCCAACAACACACCCUUCUACACCACCGGCGCUCCCUCUCCAACCUCUCCCUUCGCCGACCGCCGCGGUCUCUACCGCGGCCUUCUCGACUCAGGCCGGGGCGUCGACAUCACCGGGUUCUGCCGCGUGCACCCAGGCACCCCGCUCGAGCCAGCCGAGUACCUCCGCCCGACCGCACCCUCCUCACCAUCCAUCACACCCGGACCAACCACUCACGGACCCGCCACACGCACAGCGAACGGCGCCGUCGGCGUCUGCCAUCGCUGCUCUGCAGAGCGCGAGCACGCCGAUCUUGUCCCGCAAACAGAACUAGACUGCGUCUACUGCUGGGAACCCAUCGUCGGGCUGUACGCGGCGUGCUUGUCCUGCGGGUGCGUGACGCACAACGCAUGCUUGGCUGAGUGGCAUGCCCUAGGCGGAGCCGAGUGCCCUGUUGGGCACGAGUGCUGCUGUGUCGAGCAGGCGAGCAGUGAAUCGCUUGGGAGCUGGGGUGGGUUGCGGGCUGCAGCCGCGGUGUUGGCUGCGGGCGAUAACGAUGACGACGACGACUACAGGGGUGGGGGAGGAGGGGGUAACGGCGGUGGUGGGUAUGAUAAUGGAGACAACGACGACGGCCACGCUGCGCGCUUCAACGGAAUGAUGCCUCGGUCAUCGCGCUCACGGCGUAAGUCAGCGCCAGCCGACACCGCCAAGUUCCAGCACCUCUUGCGUCGCAUGGGAGGGGACUCUCAACCCAACUCCAGCUUUGACUCCGAUCCCCCCUCUCACUCUCACAUCCACACUCACACCCCCGCACCAACAGAAACCUACCGAUCACCUAUAGGCAUGGGCAGCCUCAGAACCAGCCGUACCUUCACAGCCGGCACCGGAUCCUCCCCGCGCCGACGCGGUCAGGACGACAGUGAGAUUGACCGGUCGGACCGAGACGGUGUAGCCGUGUCAUCGUCGGGGUUGUCGGGGGGGAGGGUUACGCCGGGGAGUACAGUGGUUGGUGGAGGUGCAGCAGGCGGGUUACUAGCCGGCGUAAAACCGCCAGUGAGAGGUGAAGAACCAGUGUCAGCGGCACAACUGAGUCUGGGGAAGAGGUUGAAGAAACAGCUGGAAGAAUCUGGGCGGCCGGGGGUGCGGAGGCAGAAUUCGGGGGGGUUGGCGAUGUGGAAGAGUGCUAAUACGGGGGGUUGA